AUGGAAAAAGCUGUCAACUUUGUGCCAGAACUCGUUGACCCAAAGAAGUUGGACUGGCUGGUGGAAGACGUUUUUGACUUUGCUCAUGUAAGUUAAUCGUACCUUUUUUACUUGACAUGGACUGUAUUUUCUACUUUGAGUUAUUUUGCAGCAUUAGGCUUAAAUAUUAGAUUGUUCAAAUAAUUAUGCGUCCCCUCUCAAAGCAAAUGUUCGGGCUUAGGGGCACAAAAUUAUUUGAACGACCUAUUAUUACAAAUGUAAUCAUAACGUAUAAAAUUGAAGUUGAUAUACCAUACUAAAAUAGUACUACUACACCAAUAUUGUCUUUAUCUUAUCAUAACCUUUCCAUUCCAGUGCAAUGGCCUAGUGAUAAGGACUCGUGAGCACAAAUCCCGAUCAGACAUUUGUCAAGCUGCACCGUUAGCCCUAUUACCAUCGCCGUUCCCGAGGAAUUUGUUCGAAAAGUCGAUAGAAGUACAGAAAUGGAUGAACCUGCUCUACUUUCGACUGUCAUUUGACCAAAAGUUCCUGGUCGAAGCUCAUGAAAAGGUGAUUGAGACAGAUGAGUUUACUAGGAACAUGGUUAACUGUUUCCUGGAGACCAUCAAGUCAGGGUUGGUGCAGAAGAAGGUGGUGCUGACACAGAGAGCCGACUACAUGUGCCAUUAUAUAGAGGGACAGAAGCCGGAGUUAAAACAGGUAAUGUCUAUGGAUAUGUUAUGUUAUGGCAUAAAGGACACUUUUUUGAAAAUGGCAUAGAUAAUAUAACGUUCAAAAAAUUCUGUGCCCCUCUAACCCCGAAAAUUUGCUUUGAGAUGGCACAGAAUUAUUUGAAUAAUCUAAUAUAAAUAAAAGGUUGCCACAUCAAUUUUCGUAUUUUAGGUAAACCACGACCUUAAUGUAAUCAAAUUUCAGAUAGAAGUUAACAACAUAGCUGUAAGUAUGGGUGGUUUGUCACAAAGAGCGUCACUCUGGCACAGAAGAGCCUUGGUUAAGUUAGGUAUGACUCCAGAAGAAGCAGAAUCCAGAGUACCAGACAAUUAUCCUAUCAAGACGUUGGCUACAGGUUUAGCUACUGGAUGGUAAGUUCUUUUUUUGUUAGUAACUUUAGGAUUUAGGCGGUGCAAACAUAUGACUGUCUUACUCUUAUUGUUAGCUAUUCAAGGGUAUGGCCAGGAGUAAGAAUAAGGGGCUUCGUCAUCCUUUCACCACCUUAACCUCUACCGUUUCAAUCAAAUUUGAGGCGACAAGCCAGUUGAAAUUGAUAGUAAAGUGACUAAUGUUGUGGUUGUUAUACUAUGUACUAAUUAUAGGAGUUCCUACGGUAAUCAAUCUUCAGCGGUACUAGUAGUGAUAGAAGAAGUGAAUCAGAACCAAUUGGACAUGAGAUUUGUAGAAUACGAAAUAGAAAAAACAAUAGGCAGUCCAGUAAAGUUCAUAAGGGCUACUUUAACACAAUGUCAUCAAAAGUAAGUUGUAUAAGAAGGUUUGUAAAUAAAAAAAAAUAAUAUUCAUCAAAAAAAAUGUAAAACGUACUGUAUAUUCAGAGCAAAUGAUAUUUUAAUGCCACUUUUAGUCUAACAACAAAAGACGACAAGCUAUACUACGAAGACAAUGAAAUAGGCCUAGUAUACUUCCGAGCAGGUUAUUCCCCAACGAACUACCCAACAGAUAAAGAAUGGUCUGCGAGGCUAACAAUAGAAAAGUCGUUGGCCAUCAAAUGUCCUUGGAUUGGAUUACAAUUAGCUAAUACAAAGAAGGUACAACAAGUACUAGACAAGGCUGGUGUGGUAGAACAUUAUUUGCCAGAUCAACCUCAAGAAGUAAUCGAUUUGGUCAGAAGCACAUUCGCUGGACUUUGGGGAUUAGAGAUUGAUGAUAAGAAGACACAAGAUGUUAUUAAAGUAAGUUUUUGGGAGUAUAUAUUAAUCUAGUAUAAUUUGAUCCAGCUACUCUCGUAACAUGAGGAUAAAUGGAUCAAGUAAGUUGUUAAUAGUAGACGUGAAGAAGAUAUUUAAAAUAGUAUAGCGGAUAAUAUUGUUGUUGUAGGAUGCCAUGGAACACCCAGAAAGAUACGUUUUGAAGCCACAAUUGGAAGGAGGUGGUGGAAACUUCUAUGGAGACGAAAUCAGGGAAAAGCUAGGCACAUUUGACGCAAAACAACGAUCAGCACACAUUCUGAUGCAAAGAAUACAACCUUUAGUUGUUAAGGUAAGCUUACUUAUAGGCUAGUUCUCAAUACUUUGGUUAACCAAAACUUUUGACCAUGUAAAACAAUAUAAGCCGCUCCUCAAUGUCAACAUUGAAUAUAUGCAUAGAACAAUUGUUUAGAACUACCAUCUCCGAGCUUUUGAAAAUGUAAAACUAGCCAACACAGUCAGUGAACUUGGAGUAUAUGGAUGUCUGAUAGGAGAGACGAGCUUCAACCCGACAGACGGCUACAAUAUCGACCAGUUGAAAGUAGAAUCCAACACUACUGGAGGCCAAAUACUCAGAUCUAAAGCCGAAGACAUCAACGAAGGUGGAGUUGCUGUUGGUGCUGCUGUUAUAGACACCCCUUACUUGUUUUAG